CAUACAACUCCGCUGCCAUUUUUAAUUACUGAUAAGUACCUAGUUUAUCAUGUCCAUCCACCUCGUCUGAAAGGAAUGAUAAAAGCAAGUAGUAUUGCCUUAAUUUAUAUCGUUUGGAUUCUUUUCAUUGCAUUUUAUGAUAACAUCUGGGUUUAUCCUAUAUUGAAGACUUUAUCAGUCCAUGGACGUGCAGUGUUUUUAAUCUUUUGUAUGGUGAUUUUUGGAUUACUAUAUAUUUUAGGAGAAAAAACAUCUUCUGCCUUUUGGAAACAAGAACCUGCAACAACAAAUCUUCAAAAACCUGAAGUAAUAAGUACACAUAAAAAGUAUCUUUAAAAUAACUUGUUUUCUUCUGAUACAAUUAACUCAAAUGAUUUUUUCAACUUUUUUUUUCAUUAUUUGAUACCAGCAAAUGACGGGUUUUUGUUUUUAAUUGUAAUGACAUUUGUGUAGUUCUGCACUUUUAAUUAAAAAAUUUUAUUUUUUGCCUUUC